CCUUAAGGAGCGUAGGAAGGGCGGGGACCCGGAUGUGUGUGGUGGCGGCGGCCGAAAAGCUUGUGUGCGGAGCUGAGAGGCCUAUGGAUGAGGAGGACUCGGCGGCCCCGGUUUGUUCUCAUGAACAAGAUGGAUGACCUCAACCUGCACUAUCGGUUUCUGAAUUGGCGCAGGCGGAUCAGGGAGAUUCGAGAGGUACGGGCUUUCCGAUAUCAGGAGAGGUUCAAACACAUCCUUGUAGAUGGAGACACUUUGAGUUACCAUGGAAAUUCUGGUGAAGUUGGCUGCUACGUGGCUUCUCGACCCCUGACCAAGGACAGCAAUUAUUUUGAGGUGUCUAUUGUGGACAGUGGCGUCCGAGGCACCAUUGCUGUGGGGCUGGUCCCUCAGUACUAUAGCUUGGAUCACCAGCCUGGCUGGUUGCCUGACUCUGUAGCCUACCAUGCUGAUGAUGGCAAGCUAUACAAUGGCCGAGCCAAAGGCCGCCAGUUUGGGUCAAAGUGCAACUCCGGGGACCGAAUUGGCUGUGGCAUUGAGCCUGUGUCCUUUGAUGUGCAGACUGCCCAGAUCUUCUUCACAAAAAAUGGGAAGCGGGUGGGCUCUACUAUCAUGCCCAUGUCCCCAGAUGGGCUGUUCCCAGCAGUUGGCAUGCACUCUCUGGGUGAGGAGGUACGACUGCACCUCAACGCUGAACUGGGCCGUGAGGACGAUAGCAUCAUGAUGGUGGACAGUUACGAGGAUGAAUGGGGCCGGCUACAUGAUGUCAGAGUCUGCGGGACUCUGCUGGAGUACUUGGGGAAAGGCAAGAGCAUUGUGGAUGUAGGGCUGGCCCAAGCCCGGCACCCGCUGAGCACCCGUAGCCACUACUUUGAAGUGGAGAUUGUGGACCCAGGAGAGAAAUGCUACAUUGCCUUGGGGCUGGCUCGGAAGGAUUAUCCCAAGAACAGGCACCCUGGCUGGAGCAGAGGGUCUGUAGCUUACCAUGCAGAUGAUGGGAAGAUCUUCCAUGGCAGUGGCGUGGGGGACCCCUUUGGGCCACGCUGUUACAAAGGAGACAUUAUGGGUUGUGGAAUAAUGUUCCCCCGGGACUACAUUCUGGACAGCGAAGGGGACAGUGAUGACAGUUGUGACACAGUAAUCCUGUCCCCGACUGCACGGGCUGUUCGGAACGUCCGGAAUGUUAUGUACCUGCACCAGGAAGGGGAAGAGGACGAGGAGGAAGAGGAAGAGGAGGAAGAUGGGGAAGAGAUAGAACAGGAGCAUGAGGGCAGGAAGGUGGUGGUUUUCUUCACCCGGAAUGGCAAGAUCAUUGGGAAGAAAGAUGCUGUUGUGCCUUCCGGAGGCUUCUUCCCUACCAUUGGAAUGCUAAGCUGUGGGGAGAAAGUGAAAGUAGACCUGCAUCCCUUGAGUGGCUAGGACUUCUCCAGACCUGCCCCUUCUCCCUCUGCACACCCUUUGCAGGGCCAGGUGCCUAAUUCCUGGCUUCCCCCAGGGUUUUCUUACCUAACAGGCUCUGGGGGUGCAGCCUAGAUCCUGGUCAACCUCCAUCUUUCUGACCUGGCACCACCUUUAUCAUCAGUCUCUGGGCCUCAUUCUCUAAUUGGAUAGGUACAGGCCCAAAGAACAGUAUCCCCCUUGCUUUGGUCAGUGGGCACCUGGACAUCUCUUUUCUCUUACUGGCCCCAUGAAAGUGGAGAGGAAUGAGCCCGUCUUAGCUGCUAUUUGGGUAUGCUGCUUUGCAGAGGGUGAAGUAGAGGUAGCCUGUCCCCUAUUUACCAUGUUAUUUCCCUGUGAUUCUCCUUUUUUUUCCCCUGUCCUCAUCAUGUGAGCCAGUUGCUGCUGUCUCCCCCUGGCUGGGCUAGGGGGCCUCUUUUGGGCCAUCUCUUUUUUUCACUGGCUGCUGCCUAAAAUUCCUCUAGGGUCUCCAUCCUUUCUCUUCAGAACUAGCUCCCUGCCUCCCCACCUCCCCAUCGCACCUGCUCAGGCACCAUCACCUCGGAGUCUGCGUCUGGCUCCCUAUACAUGUCCACACACAGAGGAUGCUCAGAAUGUGUGUAAGAGAGAGGGACUGUGGGGUGGCACAGGACUGAAGCCUUUGCUCCCCAUUCCCUGUCAUGCACUAUUCCUCUGUGGCACCUCUGGCCCUAGCUCCCAGGAUGGAGGCUGAGGCUCUAAGGCACAGCUCAUGCUGCGGCUGGGUGAGCCCAGAGGAGUGCUGUAACCCUCAUUCCCUUUACCUGCCCCCAUCCCUGCCUGCCCAGCAUCCCAGCUUGCUGCUUGUGCCAGUUGCCUGUUUCGCUUCAGUGUUUGAUUCUAGCACUUACAUAGAUGUUCCCCCUCCCCCCCGCCAUGAAAGCCUUCCCUUGACCCCUGAGUCCCUCCCCAUAACAGUGAGGGGAGGAAGAGGGAACAGCAGCUGUUGGCCUCGGUUUGCACAGAGUGGGCAGGGCUGUGGGGAAAGUGGACGUGCUGUCGUGCUGCUGGGGUCUCCUUUGGCCCUCCCUUCAGGCUCUGCACUAUGAUGUAUGAAAUAUAUGUACAGACCAGAGAUGUUUAUACAGCCAAUAAAGACGGAAUUUCCAUAUUUAUCAGUACAACCAG